AUGUUUAUAACAUUGCAUUAUGUUUAUAACAUUGCAUUAUUAUGUCUGUCUUCAACGCUUCCCUGCUUCCCGCGAAAAAUAAGCAACUUAAGGUUACUAAGUAAUUGUUACAAAUAUUUCAUUAAUAAGUUAUCUACAGCCCAAACCAUGUUAUCAAUUCAUAAUUUCGAUCACGCUGGCUCGGCGUUCAAUGCCGUUGUUACUAUUCAAUUCGAUUCUGGCCUCAAGUCCACUUUCAAUUUGAUGUAUCUGUUAGACAAUUGCACAUCCCCUGAAUGUCAGCACCCCGAAACUAAACAAAGAACCAUCGAUAUAUUCAACGGGGAUGAUAUAAAGGUAAAUCGCGGGUUUGAAGAGGCCAAUAAGGUCGUCCAACAUCUUUUCGACAAUACAAAGCUUGAGGUUAAGAAUAACAAAUUAAUAUGCCACUGGUUCUCAGGCCAUCAUUCAGAGUUCCCACGAGAGUGGCUGAUUUCUCAUUCCUAUGCCCCUAAACUUUAUACUCAACGAAGUCUAUUGCCGGAGACAGCUUGUUGGGAUACUAACAGGUUCGCGGAAAUUGCUGAUCAUGGCCACAAGUAUACGUAUGGUCAACUAGCAGAAACCUUGCCUCAAUUUCUCAGAGAGGUCUACACGUACGGAUUUGGAUUUGUGAAUGACGUUCCUGUGAGCCUGGAAGCCACGCGCGAAGUCUCGGAAAUGAUCUCGAUCAUCAGACCAACCCACUACGAUUUAGGGGUCUGGGAUUUCACGUCUGAUUUGGCGAAAAAUGAUACCGCGUACACAAGUCUGGCCAUUGACAUGCAUACGGAUGGAAAUUACUGGAAUGAACCACCGGGCCUGCAGUUAUUCCACCUUCUCGAACACUCAGGAGGUCAAGGGGGUGAAACCCGCAUAGUAGACGUUGCCAAGAUCGUUGAGAUUUUGGUGAAUCUUUCAAAAAGCGAUGCAGCCUGGAAAACUGCAUAUGAAGUGCUUACCACGCAGCCCAUCUCGUUCCACCAGGCUGGUGAAAAAGGUGCGUGUUACACUCAAAAUAAUAAAUGCAUACUUUCCGUCUCGAAAACAGGUCAAUUACAGCAGUGUCGCUGGAACAAUAGCGAUAGAUCCCCUCAAUUUCCAACCCCUACUUUAUUUCCAGUUGGAAAAAUAUAUGAGGCGCUGUUCCGCUUUAACUGCUUGAUCAACGAUCCUAAAAACUACGUUCAGUUCCAGUUGACCCCAGGUAAGAUUCUGGUGUUCGAUAAUUGUAGAGUGUUACACGCAAGAAAUUCUUUUACGGGAUAUCGGCGCUUAUGUGGCUCAUAUUUAACUCGCGAUGACUUUUUGGCAAGGCUGCGAGGCAUAAUUAACGAUAGAAACGCGAUUCUAGAUGCCUUGUAA